AUGAUUUCGAAUGGAAUGAUCAGUCAAACAUGUAGGUCUCUUUUCAGGCACUAUCUAAUCUUAUUAGGUAAAGGACAAUUUGCAUUUCUUCCCUUGGGCCAACGAGUAUUGGAUAAGCUUCAGAAGGUGGUAGAAGAUGAAUUAAAUCAGAUUGGAGCUCAGAAGGUGUCUAUGCCAUUGAUGGCUACUGCACAAUUAUGGAAUAAAAGUGGACGAUGGGAGAGGAACGGAUCGAUUAUGUUUAAAACCAAGAACUGCGAGAACGCUGAGUUCUGUCUUCAACCGACUGGAGAAGAAAUGAUCACAGAGAUCGUUGCGCAUCAUGGAGCAGGGAUAUCGGAUGGGCGUCCUUUAUUGUUAUAUCAGGUAAUUGUCUUCUAUUGUAUAUUUUUAGUUUAGAGUACAGAAAAGUUCAGAAACGAGGCGCGUCCGGAGUACGGGAUGAUCAGAUCCACGCAGUUCUUGAUGAAUGAUUUGUAUUCUUUCGAUGUCAGCUUACAAUCCGCAUCUAAUACUUACAAGGUCUGGUGCAGCUUUUUAUUUUAUUUUUUUUUUGUUUUAGAUUGUCACUGAUGCAUACAAAAGGAUAUUCUUCGAGCGUCUGGGAUUGACCGAAAUCCAAAUUGUAGAUGCUGAGAAUGGGGACAUGGGAGGAGAUGUGUCCCAUGAGUAUCAUUUGCAAAACGCUGCAGCACAAGAUCAUAUUGCUUUAUGUAGAGACUGUAAGACAUCAACGCUUUGGUCACCAAAUAUUAAAUGUGAGAAAUGUGACAAUAAGAUGGAGAGUGUACCCACUGUGGAAGUUGCUCAUACUUUUAUGCUGGGAACGGAAUACUCCUCUGUAUUCAAUGCCAAAGGAGACGAUGGUAUUCCCUAUUCAAUGAAUUGUUUUGGAAUAGGACUGACCAGAUUGAUAGCAGCAAGGUAUGCGUUCUAUUUAAAUCGAGUGUUUUCUUUAGUAUCGACACACUCUCGACUGGAAAUGCGAUGAGAUUACCGUAUCCUUUGAGUCCUUUCAAAGUUGCGAUUGUUCUUCCAAAGCCAACGGGGGCUGUGACUCCACCUUUAGAUUUUGCUUAUUCAAUGUUGGAUACCUUGGAAGGACUGAGAAAUCUUGAUGGAGAUAUUCUGAUUGACGACAGGAUUCAGAAAAGCGUUGGGCGUCGACUAAACGAACUCAAUCAACUUGGGAUCCCGCAUAUUUUUGUAAUCCAAGCUAAGAAAUCAUUCCAACCUCAUGAUCACAUCAGGAUUGAAUACUUAAGGUAACUUAAAGUAAUGCAGAUUGGCUUAGUAAUUUUUUUAUAAAUUUUAUACUUUCAGAACCGAGCCGAGAUCAAAAGAAUUUAUCGAUUGCGGGAUUCUGAAUCAUUCUCAGAUGCUAUCCGUCCUUCGAAACAAUAUUUAG